AUGGCGAAGAAGAAACGCAGAGUCCCGGAGGUUCUGUGGAGACUUUUCCACAACCGCGCUCGUCCCAUAGCCGAUACGAUCAUAUCUCUGAUUUCAUUGUCAUCGUUUGAAUGCCGGUGCAAGGUUCGGGGAUGCCUCGGUUGCGCCGGCGACGAAGCGAUGUCGUUUCUUCGUAGGCCGGACGAUCCCUCCGACUAUCACAAGCUACUGACUCAGUGCUACGUUGUUGUCUCCGACAAUGCGCCUCCGUUCUCGGUGUUUGAUCCCGCCUGUCGGUGGUCACAACUUGAGAUGCUUUCCAUUUGUGUUGCCUUACAAGAUCAAGUUGCUGUUCACACUAAGAUUGUUAGGAGGUCUAUUGAAAUGAUAAUGCGUGAGCAGCCCACAUCUUCUAAUGUGAUAUGCAGUGGCUAUGACAAGGCAACUUGUCAUUUAAGUGGGAGUGACUUCAACUCUUCAAUAAUCCUUGUAUUUUGUGGUGAUGAUUUCAUUUAUAUCGGACAGCACAGCCGUUCAAGUGCCAUUGUUGAGCUUUUAACAUGUUCAGCAUGGGGACUUUUCUUAGCACGGGUUGGUGAUGGGAUAAUGUCUUAUUUACUGAAGUAUUCGUCAAUAUUUUUGCCCCUUUCUCGUAAGAAAUACCAUCAGGUGUUAUUCAAUGUAGAACUUUCAGGGUUUCCAAAGAAGAGGAAAAGAGUUGAUGAAGUAGACUCAGCGUCAGAGAACUGGCAACCUAGUACUUAUUUUGGUGUUGAUGUUCCAUACAGUUCUGUUAAUUGUGCUGGCUGUAGUGGCAGAAGCUGUUCAGUUUCAUUUAGUGGCGACUGCAAGAAAAAGUUCUGUGAAGAGAGUUUAUAUGAAGAAGCUUCUGUAAGCAAUGGAGCUGAUGAUGCUAAUAAUAAAGGGGAUCCUAGUAGGAAUUGCCAAGAAAGCUUAAAUCAGAGUCUUGCAAAGACAAGGAAGCGUUUCAGAUGGUAUAGUUGGCGACGGCAUAGAAAGCGAAAGCAAUUGACAUACCAUGAGACCUUUUCUUUGAUCCCUUGCACGAGUAGUCUCAUGAACAAAGAAAGCCUAAGAUCUUGCCCUGAAAAGGUGACUUUCGCUGAAGUUUAUUUGCUUUGUUUUCAGUUUGAAACUGUAAGCAGGCUAUUGGUGGUUUGCCAUGUGGAUCUUUAA